AUUUCCUGAAGAUAUUAUUUCAUGUGUUUGCAUCAUGUUCAUAGAAAAUUCUCAGUAGUAGACCUUUCGAUUAUACCAACAAAGGUCUUAGAAAUGAGCGAUCUUUCUAGUAAAAACAAAAAUAAAAUGACAAACAAAACUUUGUCCACAUAGAGUUAGUACACGAAAUUUCCCCACAAAGUGAACUGAAUUAAUCUGGUUUAGAGUUAAAAUUGGGAAACUUAUUGAAGAUUUACUAGGUCUCCGGAUGGAAGAAACACCAACAAAUUUCAAGGGAGGUAAUCCGACAAGGGGAGGUCUACGAGCUUGGAUGUUUUUACUCUGCGGUGUUGUUCUGAUUCAGCUGUUUGCUGGUCAAACCGAUGCUCAAAGAUCUAGAGGUCCAUGGCAAACACUCAGUGGUGAUGCUCCACUUGUGAUUGCUCGUGGUGGGUUUUCGGGAUUGUUUCCAGAUUCGAGUCUCAAGGCUUACAGUUUCGUAAAGCAGACAAGUGUAGCAGGUGCUGCUCUAUGGUGUGAUGUUCAGCUAACCAAAGAUGGAGCUGGGAUUUGCUUUCCUGACUUAAAACUGAACAACGCUUCAACUAUUGACUUUGUUUACCCAAAUCGCAAAAAAUCUUACCUGGUUAACGGAGUCCCUACGCAGGGUUGGUUCACCAUCGAAUUCUCCUUGAGAGAACUCAGUAAUGUUACUUUGAACAGAGGAAUAUUAUUUCGGUCAGAAAAAUUCGAUGGAAUAUAUCCGAUUUCGACGGUUGGAGAUGUAACCACGCAGAUAAAACCAGAAAGUUUUUGGUUAAAUGUUCAGCACGAUGCGUUCUACGCGCAGCAGAAUCUGAGCAUGAGCAGUUUUCUGAUAUCAGCUUCCAGAAAUGUUUCCAUUGACUACGUCUCUUCCCCUGAAGUGAAUUUCUUUAAAAAGAUUGCUGGCGAUUUCGGGCCUAAUGGACCGAGUUUCGUGUUCCAGUUUCUUGGAAAAGAAGAGUUUGAGCCGACAACAAACCGAACUUACGGCUCUAUCUUAAGUAACCUGACUUUUGUCAAAACGUUUGCUUCAGGGAUUCUUGUCCCAAAGUCCUACAUAUUGCCACUGGAUGACAAGCAGUACUUGCUUCCUCCUACAUCGUUAGUUCAAGAUGCUCACAAGGCAGGAUUACAAGUGUAUGUGUCAGGUUUUGCCAAUGAUAUUGAUAUUGCUCACGACUACAGUUUCGAUCCAGUGACUGAGUACCUAUCCUUUGUGGACAAUGGCAAUUUCUCUGUAGAUGGUGUGCUCUCAGAUUUUCCCAUAACUGCAUCUUCAUCCAUUGAAUGUUUCUCGCACCUUGGCAAAAACGCUACAAAACAGGUUGAUUUUCUUGUUAUAUCAAAAAAUGGAGCGAGUGGGGACUAUCCUGGAUGUACAGACAUGGCAUAUGAUAAGGCUAUCAAAGAUGGUGCUGAUGUUAUCGAUUGCUCCGUCCAAAUGUCCAGCGACGGUAUACCCUUUUGCUCGAGAUCAAUAGAUCUCUCGAACAGCACAGUGAUCUCCCAUACGCCCUACGCGCAACGUUCAAUAAAUGUUCCUGAGAUUAGCUCAAAUGGUGGGAUUUACACUUUUAGUCUCACAUGGGCUGAGAUCCAGAGCUUGACUCCUGCGAUUUCAAACCCCUAUAGGCUAUACAGUAUGUUCAGGAAUCCGGAUGAGACAAAUUCUGGGAAGCUUAUUUUGCUUUCUGAGUUCCUAAACUUGGCAAAGAAUUCAACUUCGCUCUCCGGUGUUUUGAUCAGUGUAGAGAAUGCAGUGUACCUGAGGGAGAAGCAAGGUCUUGACGUGGUUAAAGCGGUUCUCGAUACCCUUAUGGAAACUGGUUACAGCAAUGGAAUAACCACAGAAAAGGUCAUGAUUCAGUCAACGGAAAGCUCGGUUCUAGUUGAUUUCAAGGAACAGAGCAAGUAUGACACUGUCUACAAAAUUGAAAAAAACAUUAGUGAUAUUAGCGACGCUGCUAUCCAAGCGAUAAAGAAAUUUGCUAACGCUGUUGUCAUUAGAAAAGAAACAGUCUUUUCGUUAUUUGAUUCGUUCAUCACUACGCAAACCAAUGUUGUGAAGAAGCUGCAAAAGUCGUGGCUCCCGGUUUAUGUGGAACUGUUUCAGAACGAGUUUGUGUCUCAACCAUAUGACUUCUUCGCUGAUCCAACAGUGGAGAUAAAUUCAUAUAUCACAGGAGCCGGUAUCAGUGGAACCAUCAUAGAGUUCCCUUUCACAGCUGCAAGAUACAAAAGGAACCGAUGUUUGGGAACAAAAGAACCUCUACCACCUUACAUGUCCCCUGUUCUACCGGGUGGUCUCUUACCCUUUCUGAAUGCGAAACCUCCAGCCCAAGCUCCAAACCCGGUUUUCACAGAGGAGGAUGUCUCAGCUUAUGAUCUUUACAAGCGAUGCAGUCAACCAUUUCCCAACUUCAACCUCAAUUGUAGCGGCGGAUUCGCAGAGAUUACAGUCUCCUCCGUGAAGUUCAGAAUCUUAAAGGCAAAUUACACCUCUCGUAUUAUAAAACUUGCCAGAUCGGAUUAUAUCGACACUCUUUGUCCUUCAGACCCACUAAAUGAGCCAUUCUACCAAAGCGACCUUCAACUGGUUAAUGACACGGAUAUGAUAACAAUGCUUUAUGACUGCCAAGACUUAUCAGCUCUUAUCUAUAGCAGCGAAGCUUACAAUUAUGUUACAGACUUUCAAUGUAAUGAUCAGAAGGAAGGUCUAAACAACUACUGUGUUGUGAUAAACAGCUCGUCUUCCUUAUUCAACGGGAGGGUUGGUAUAGAUUUCUUGUAGAAAAAAUGCACAAAAGACGUCAGCAUGCAUGUUUCAGGAUCGAAGCUACACACUCUGGAUUCAGAUAAUCUAAAGAAGACUCUUGAACAGGGUUUCGAGGUUGAACUUAAACAAGACUGCUCAAUGUGCCUAGAUUCUAAAGGUGCUUCUUGUGGAUAUAAUCAAACUUCAGGUAAAUUCGUCUGCUAUUGUGACGAUGGGACCCAUGGCCCUAACUGUAGUUCUGGAAAGAGAAGUCACGAGUCUUUGGUCAAUGCAGUUCGCAAAGGCUCAAUAGCAGGCGUUGUUAUGUUCUUUGUCUUACUAUCAUUGUUUCUUCUUUUUCUCCGGAAGAGGCAAGUACGACAGAGACAACAGAAUAUGAAGUCUCUUAUUCCACUAAGACAGUACACUUAUGCACAAGUGAAAAGAAUUACAAAGUCAUUUGCAGAAGUGGUUGGGAGAGGCGGCUUUGGAAUUGUUUACAGAGGAACUCUUUCUGAUGGCCGUAUGGUUGCGGUGAAGGUCUUGAAAGACUCAAAGGGUAAUGGUGAAGAUUUCACAAAUGAAGUUGCAAGCAUGAGUCAAACUUCUCAUCUCAACAUUGUUACCUUGCUUGGUUUCUGCUCUGAAGGUUCCAAAAGAGCAAUUAUAUAUGAAUUUUUGGGUAAUGGGUCCCUUGAUAAAUUCAUCUCAGGCAAUACCUCGAUGAAUUUGGACUGGACGUCAUUGUAUCAAAUUGCUCUUGGAGUCGCUCGAGGUCUGGAGUACUUGCAUCAUGGCUGCAAAACAAGGAUUGUACAUUUCGACAUCAAACCACAAAAUGUGCUCUUAGAUGAAAACUUUUGCCCCAAAGUUUCGGACUUUGGCCUCGCUAAGCUCUGUGAGAAGAAAGAGAGUGCAUUGUCAUUGCUGGACACAAGAGGUACAGUGGGGUACAUUGCACCAGAAAUGAUCUCAAGAGUUUAUGGGAGCGUGUCUCACAAGUCAGAUGUAUAUAGCUACGGAAUGUUGGUUCUGGAGAUGAUUGGCGCAAGGAAUAAAGAAAGAGCUCAUCAAGACUCCACUUCUAAUACAAGCUCAAUCUACUUUCCUGAGUGGGUAUAUAGGGAUAUUGAAUUAGGAAAGUCCAGGAGGCUUAUCGAGAAUGAAAUCAGCAAUGAAGAACAUGAGUUAGCAAAGAAGAUGACUUUGGUUGGUUUGUGGUGUAUUCAGUCUUCUCCAUCAGAACGCCCACCGAUGAACAGAGUUGUAGAGAUGAUGGAAGGAAGUUUGGAUGCUCUUGAAGUGCCUCCUAGACCUGUUUUGCAAAUUCCCAUAGCACCUCUUCAAGAGUCUUCGACACUUUCAAGGGAUAUGUCGGUUUACACCGAAGAAUGAUUCAAGAAGCUUCGGAACUUAUCAAUGCAGGAACAUAACGAUGCACUUAUUCAAGAAAUGUCAUAUAUUGUCUACACUCCGAAUUAGAAAGGGAAAUGUAUGUGUAAAAAUAGAUUUUUGAAUUCUGGUUUUCUAAACACUUUUGUGUCAAAACAUAAUACAGUAGUGUUAUUAAAAUUUGAACUGUU